AUGGCGGCUCAGUUAGUAGCAGAGAUUAACCAGACCUAUCAGCAUGAGGUAGACAAUCCAAUAACGUUUGGAAGCAAACAUCUGGAAGGAGACGUGUGCGCACAGUCUGGGAACGGGUCUGUGCCUGGGAUAGAGCUGGAUUAUACUCUUGCGGAUACAACGAAAGUAGUAUGCGGAAGUCUUUCCUUCUUGCUGAUCCUUCCAUUCGUACUUUUCCAAAUUCGGAAGUUUCCAAUUGGAACGACGACUGCUGUCCUUACCGGAGCGUGUUUGAUGGUUAUCUCCAAUGUCCUUUCGCAGAAAGGUGUGUACCACUUGCUCGGAGAAACGGAAAAUUUGCGGACAAUUUUUCUUCUGCUGGGUAUGAUGAUCUUGUCCCAGUUUUUUGAAAGAGAGAAAAUGAUUGGAAAGAUUCUAAAGUUGUUACUGAAAGAGGAUCAUUCGUUCACGAAUUAUGUUUGGAGAGUGAAUCUCGUAACCUUCAUUUUCUCAGCUUUGUUCACCAACGAUGCAGCUUGUGUCGUUUUGACACCCAUCUUUUUGAAUUACUGGACCAAACAGAAUCGCAGACAAGCUGAAUUGCAGACAUUACUGUUGGCCAUCGCAACGUCAUCUAACAUCGGUAGCGUCACAACCAUAUUUGGCAAUCCACAGAUGGCUCUGAUAGCGUCAAGAACAGAUAAUCCACUUUAUCGAGAGUCCACGUUGACACUUGUCCGUUCAUUGAUUUACCUUGGAAUCCCGGCAAUCAUCGCUUUUUUCAUUAAUUGGGGAUUUUUGAUUCUUCACUACCGUGUUCGAGAUCGUCUGAAGGUAAAAAAAUAUGGUGCUUCUGGUGUGAAACCGAAAAAGGCUAAAAAGAACGUCCAGUUGGAUUUGAACUAUAUUGAGGUCUCUCGAGAUCAGGAGAUGGAGAAUCCGGCCUAUUCUUACAGUCAGAGUCAUUCCCGUCCGUUUAAAAUCAUCCUGAUCAUCGUCAUUGUCCUCGUGAUCACACUGAUGUUCAUCAAAGUUGGCGACGUCUCUUUUGACAUUGCAACGAUCUGUCUGGUAGUGGAUGCUGCUAUGAAUAAACGUAACGCUUCGGUAAUCAUGGGCCGUGUAGAUUGGGGAGUAAUCAUGAUGUUUUUUGGUAUUUUUGUCUGGUUACACGGGAUCAAUACCACCAGAAUCCCUCGAUGGAUCUGGAAGCAGAUGGGGCUGGCCAACGCCGAUAUGAACGACACUGGAACGAUUGUCAUCUUAUGCGUCUUUGUCAUCUUCUGUUCCAACAUCUUCAGCAACGUUCCUUUGACGAUAAUUGUCUUGGAUCAGUUGGAACCUUGUACCAAUCAGUUUGCUCUGGUGCUCUAUUUAGGAUGGUGCUCCACCAUCGCUGGAAAUCUCACCUUAUUCGGCAGUGUAGCCAAUCUUUUGGUGGCCCAGAAAGCGAAAGAGACUUUGGACGAACCCCUGACGUUUAUGGGUUAUUUGAAAUAUGGUUUCUGUACCACAAUGUUAAUCGUAGUUAUUGGAAUACCCAUUAUUUAUGCACUGUUACUGAUCUAAAAACAUUGAUGAUAGGUUGAAAAUAGGGAAUAUGGGGUUAAAACUUGAUGGGUGGGUAUGUCGACGAAUAGGAUUUAAACCUUGCAAGGGUGUGAGGGUGUGUGUGUGUGGCCCGCACCGAUGGAUAUUUAGAGGUUUAGUUUGAAAGGCUUUCCCUGGGCAAGGUUGGUUAAAAGAGUGAAGCCUAGUAUAAGGGGGUGAGAGCCGCCACCAGGCAGACUCUCGGAAUCACUGGUAAAGGAAUCAGAAUUGUUCUUACCUCGAACCCACGGCAAAUAAUCACCUAUCAAUCCAACUCGCUACCGACUGAGCUAUUCAAUAGAUUAUGGUGGGGGUAUAUGGAGUGUAAAGAUUGUAACUUUGUACUAAUGACUUUUAAGUUUUAAGUUCUAAAAUAUGAAUGAAAAAGAAAAUGAAAUUGAUGGGGAUAGGUAAGGGAGGGGAGUGUAAAUAUUCAUUUAAAAAAACACUAUAUCAUAAUAUAUUUUAUCAUAUAAAGUAUAUAUUUUUUUACUUCAU